CAACGGGAGCGUGGCCAGCGCGAGGACGCGCACUAGCUCAUGCUAACUUUUAAACUGUAUGUCGCCUUUUGUCGCUUUUCAGCUGACUAUAACAUUUACAGAGUUUUAGAAGUUCUUCACUGGAAAGUUUUUAGGUGACCCAUCAGCGCAUCGCUGAUAUUUUUUAAGCUGAAACAGCCGAGUUGAAUUAGCCGCGCUUUGCUAACCAAGUUACCUCAGAGGAUGAAGUGCGUCAUCGAAGGCAGUAACGUGAAAGUAUUUGGAAAGGCGAUUCAUGCGCUGUCACGAAUAAGCGAUGAAAUGUGGCUCGACCCUUUGGAGAAAGGGCUGGCUGUGCGCUCUGUCGGUCCGGCACACUCCUCCUACGGCUGCUUCCUCUUCACACGGCUCUUUUUCCAGCUGUACAGUUUGAACAUCAGUUCACCGCAGGCAGCACUGGGAAGAUGCAAGCUGCCAGUUAAGUCUGUUCUGCCAUUAUUCCGCUGCUCAGCUUCCAUCGAGCGCAGCGUGGACAGCUGUAAAAUAUCCACUGGCCUUUCAGACACCCAAGUCACUUUCCAACUUUUUUGCAAGCAUGAGUCAUUACAGUUGGCUAUGCUUUGUGGCAUAGGCAUCACAAAAACCUACAACCUGGGCUUCCAGGAGCAUGACGUGCUCCAGGCUGUGUUUCCUGCUCACCUCUGUCCUAAUGUCCUGAAGGCCCAGCCCAGUCUCCUAGGUGACAUGGUGAUCCACUUUCCGGCAUCUCAAGAGGAAGUGACCCUUUCAGUGUGUCCGAAAAGGGUCACCAUGAGGAAUUACUGUGAAGAAAGGGAUCAGAUAAAGGUCAUGAGCACAGAGAUGUCCCUUCACCCUGAGGAAUUUGACUACUUCCAUGUAGGAGUCGACUCGGACAUAACAUUCUGUCUGAAGGAGCUGAGGGGCCUGCUGUCUUUUGCAGAAUCACAUGGCCUGCCUGUUUAUGUCCACUUUGGACACCCUGGACAGCCGGUGCGCUUCAGUGUGGAAAACAUGGUGCUGGAGGCCAGUGUUGUGCUGGCCACCCAGACUGACUCUGAGAGUGAAGUUUCUGUCCAGCCUGGGGGCUCCGAGGAUCCAGCUGCCCCGAGGCUCCCACUGCACGGUAUGCAGCUUGCAUUCCAUCCAUCCAUUUUCCAAAUGGUUAUCCAGUACAGGGUCACAGUCAGUCUGGAUCCUAUCCUAGGAAACACAGGGCACAAGGCAGAGGAACACCCCAAACAAGAUGCCAGUAGCUUGAAUUUCAGCUGACAUUUUAUUUACUGACAUCUAACAAAGGUAGUGUGACCUUCAUGCUUGCAAACCAACAGCACCUGAUAAGUAGUUCGCUUAGCUUUGGGUUUGUUGUCAUUUAAAUAAAAAUUUAUUUAUUUUUUUGCUGGAGGGGUUGUGGUCACAGCUGGUGAAAGACAGAAAUAAAAAUUCAAAACAAGGUCUCAGCAGUAGGUUUACUCUUAAAAGAAGCCCAUUUGUUUUCUGCACUUGGGAGUCACAGUCACAUUUAUUUAAAUAAACUUUGUGCUGAAAUUAUUCAUCUAUUUAAGUACAGUAUAAAAAAUCUUGAGCAGAUUGUCCUGUGAUAGUCACCAGGCAUCUUUUUAUACGAUCUAGCUGAAUAAGGAUGAUCCAGUGAUAAUUUAAAAACACUUUCACAUCCAUAUCAUCACUGACCUGGGUAAACCCCACCCCUUCCAUGCUGAGGAGGGUUAUGCCACACAACAACAUGCAUGACCCCCCUAAACACAUAUGCUACUUGGGUCUGAAACAAAUCCAUUACUAUUAUGACUUACAUUUAUAUAUGUGGGGUAAAAUUUUGUGCGCUGGGAACAGACGAAACACAAGGCACAUUUUCCUGGGGUGCUGGGUGGUCGGGUCGCUUCAGUGGGUAAAAAGCAAAGUUAGCAACAGAAAAAUAAAUAAUCGAGCUUGUGGAAGCAAGACAAUCUAAACAAGAAAUCAGAGUGAGUUACAUAUUUGUAAAAACUAUAAAUGUAACUGCAAAACAUUGCAUAAA